CAUGUCCAUAUCAACAAAUUCGAAAAUACAUCACAAUUCGGAAGACUUCUAAUCACCUUCAACAAAUUUAAUAUCAGCCAUGCCACCUGCGAAGAAGCGAAAGACCACAAAGGGUGCGAAGGCCGCGAAGGCCGCCGCUAAAGUAGAAGAUGCACCUGCACCUGCACCUGCACCCACACCGGCACCGGCAGUAGAGAUAGUCGAGCAGGUCCCUUCAACCAACGACGAGAUCCCCCAAGAACAAAACACAAGCAAGCCAAGCGAACCUACACAGACGGAGGAGCCUAUAUCCACAGAAACUACAAUAGAAACGGCAGAAAAAGCAGCCAGCUCCGCCGCCGGCGCUGCGGAAAAAGCUAAAGAUCGAAUGGCACGCUUCCGCGCGCUACAAGCCCGGGCCAAGUCAUCCUCAGACCAGAACCUCGCGGAAGCGACCAAGGAGUCGCAGCGAUUAGCAACAGACCCAUCUGCACUCGUAGCCCUGAACCGACGGCGCGACAUCGCCUCGCACAAGCUGCUGAAGGCGGAGACAGAGGAGGCGGGCGACGACUUCGAGCGUAAGCGCGCGUGGGACUGGACCGCGGAAGAGAGUGAGCGCUGGGACAAGCGCGUCAAGAAGAAGGCCGCGCACCGCGACAACAACGCGUUCCAAGACUACCGCCAGGAGAGCAACAAGGUGUACAAACGCCAGCUGCGCGACAUGGCCCCGAACCUCGAGCGCUACGAGAAGGACAAGAUGGCCGCUAUCGAGAAGGCCGCUGCGUCUGGCGGCCUGGACAUCAUCGAGACCGACGACGGCGAACUGAUUGCCGUGGAUAAAGAUGGAAGCUUCUACUCGACGGCAGACUCGACCGCGUUCGCGGAGAAUAAACCUGAUAAGGCGGCGGUCGAUAGGUUGGUGGGAGACUUGCAGAAGGCGGAGGAACAGAGGCUGCGUAAGAGGAGGGAGAGGAUGGCGCAGAAUGGCGAUGAGGGCGACGUGACUUACAUCAAUGAGAAGAACAAGCAGUUCAACCAGAAGUUAUCGAGGUUCUACAACAAAUACACGGCGGAAAUCAGGGAUAGUUUCGAACGUGGAACUAUGAUUUAAAGAGUAGGAGUUGGAGUAAGAGGGAGGUAUAUUGUAGUAUUGAGGGAGCAGCGGCAGUGCUCCAUCGCUCAUGGUGCAUGAAUAGAUC